AUGUUCAUCUUGGUUAUAAUCAACGAUUUUAGUGGAAUUUACCAUGAAAAAGAAUUUGUCGAUAUGUUUUUUAUAUUUUUAACGAUUGUUUUUAUUUUCAACUGUUUUGUUUUCAAUUUUACUAUUCAUUUCCCCAUAUCAAUAGGAAUCGAAAUGCAUGUUUAUGAGCGGGAAAACCUCAAAAUAAUUUGGAAUCCAGAACUUUUCAUACAUUUGGAAUCAUAUUUGAUUUAUACUUUGCACAUUGGUUUUAUAAAGUCUUACGAUCAGAAUUUGCUAAAUUAA